GGCCAUGGCGGCUCCGCUGAAGCGCUGCCUGGUGCGGCGGGGGGGCGGGCGGGAGCAGCACGGCCUCGCCGCCUCCUGCCUGCGGGAGCUGCGCGACAAGGCUAGUGGCGUUCUGGCCAUUGACAAGGCCAGGGAGCCCGUCACCUUAGUACUGGCAGAAGAUGGCACCAUUGUGGAUGAUGAAGAUUACUUUUUGUGUUUGCCAUCUAAUACCAAGUUUGUGGCACUGGCCAAGAAUGAGAAAUGGUCCAGCAAAAGCUUAGACAGUGGAACAACCUGGCUCUCGGAGUCUGUGGAUGAAGUGGACAGUGCUACAGAGAAGUGGAAGCAGCUGGCCAGGCAACUGAAGGAUGACCUGUCUAAUAUCAUCUUGAUGUCUGAAGAAGACCUCCAGGUGCUUAUUGACGUACCACGUUCAGACCUGGCAGAAGAACUUGCCCAAAGUCAAACCAAAAUCCAAGUAUUGCAGGACACCCUGCAGCAGGUGCUGGACAGACGAGAAGAAGAACGCCAGUCAAGACAGCUCCUGGAACUCUACCUAGAAGCCUUGAAAAAUGAAGACAGUAUCUUAAGUAAAGUAGCAGAAUCUGAGACUGUACCAAGAAGGGAGAUGGAUGUGGUUGACACAGGCACCAGCAGUACAGGCACUUCAGCCAAAACAGCACUCAGUGACCAGAUCCUUGCUGCUCUGAAAGAGAAACCUGCUCCAGAGCUCUGCUUGGACAGUCAAGAUCUAGAGCUGGUCUUGAAAGAAGACACACAAGCCCUGGCCUCGGCUCUGAGAUGGGACAAGCAGAAAGCUGAAGCUCUGCAGCAAGCCUGUGAUCAGGAGCUUUCCAAGCGUCUACAGCAAGUGCAGACUUUGCAUUCCCUAAGGAGCACAUCAAAGGGCAAGAAAACGCUACCCUGGGGAGACUGGCCUAGUUCAAAACGCAAAAAAUAAGACUGUAGUGCUGCUCGCAAUUUUUUCUGUUUUGUUUUGGUUUUUCUUUUGCAUUAGAAUCAAUACAAGCAAGAUAUAUCCUGGGAGCCAUAGUUUGCUGGUCAUACUGUGGUCUGGCUAUAGACAACUAAAAUCUGGACAUUGUCCUGAGGCUUAAACUCCUGUGAUGAUUCAAAUCAUGUGUAACCAAAGGGAUUUUGACUUUCUGUGGAAUACUAGGACAAUGGUGUUGCUAAACACAGCAUGUAAGGGUUCAGCUUUGAAUACCUGGUUGGGAGCCAGAAGCUUCCAUCAGAUAAUGAUGGAUCUAGCUUCUGAAGCUCCAGGGAGUUUGCUUACUUUGUCCUCCCACCAUUUUCAAUGUAAAGGAUGGAAGACCUCUGGAAGACACUUUGAGGCACAGUUAAUGAACAGGGCAGAGAGGUUAGCCAGCUGCUGUCUGGCUUUAAGCUCCAGCCUGGAAUCUAGGAACUUGAAUUCUCAUGCUAAUUUCAUCAGUUAAAGUAAAUUCAGAGUCCUUUAACUUCUGUGCUUUUUCUGUAAGGAACUCCUUUUGGGUGCAGUGUAAGCACUAACAUAUAAAACACAGCAAAGAUGGAAAUAAUUGCUUUGUAAGGCUGUGGGGCAGAAGACUUGUAUUUGGCCUGUCUGUAUUACUUUCCUAAUCAUUAGUGUAGUAUCAUGGUGCUUUUGUAUUAACUGGCUUAUUUUUUAAUUUGUUGAAGUCUUUUUUUUCUAAUAUCAUUAAAACCUUUUUACCUUAC